GGGACAGUGAGUUACAAGAUGAACAAACAUUCAUUUGAAUAUUUGUAUGUCGACGGCCUGCUUGAACUCUCGGCUACCCUUUCUUUUUUUAUCACCGAAUAUAUUGCAUCAAAUUUCUCAUUUUUUGUAUUGUUUUAAUCACCCACUUAUGUUAACCAAUCGUAUUAUAUAUUCUCGCGCGUUUUUAAAAUCAUUACAACCUAUCGCUUCGUAAGUUGAUAGAAAAUUUAAGAAGAAGCACCACGGUGGAUGGUAACGGGCUCUAAAUCAUAUAACCGUAGAUCAAAUGACUAUUCCGGAAAUACUUCAGUCACUCUUGUCCACAAAUGUUUAUCGAAAGACGGGAGCAAUAAUGCUGCAAGAAACAUGGCUUCAUAACCUGUAUGAUGAUGAUUUAGUCUGCUUAGAUGGUUUCAAACUUUUUCAACAAGAUCGAAGCUUUUCGAAGAAGAAAUGUGGUGGUGGUGGUGUAGCAACAUUUAUCAGUGUAAACUGGUCCUCCUCCAACUAUGUAUGCUUCUACUUCUCUAACAAAAAAAAUCAGUGCAUUACCAUCAAAUGUCGCCCCAAACAUUUGGGCAAAUACAAAUACUUAUGUAUAAAAAACAUGUAUGUCACACCUGACUGCAGUUUCUCAGAUGUGUUAACUUUUGCUGAUAAAUUCACUGAAUUUGCUGCUCUGGUUCAUGGAAACUCCUUGUCUAUUGUCUGUGGACAUUUUAACUCAUAUGACUGCAGAUUUCUGGUAUCAUUGCGUCACAGAAAUAUGGUCAACUUCCCCACUCGUCUUGACAACACCUUAGACUUUGCAUUUAAAAAUGAACCUAGCAUAUAUGAAGCUCAUAAACGGGCUCCACUGCUAAAUUCCGACCACUGUAUUGUUCGUGUUUGCCUAAAGUGUACGGAAAAUUAUACAAGAAAGCUUUCGGAUACCUUUCAAGGAAAGUUCAACACAGAU